AUGCCUUACUCCUCCUGCUCGGUCGCGGCGCGUGGCGCUCUCUCGCUCCGGCACCUCGCCGUGGCCGCCGUGCAGCUCCCGGCGCUCCUCUGCCUCGAGGCCAUGCUCUGGGCGGUCGCCUUCCUCACCUUCCCCCUGCGCCUCCUCGCCGCUGCCGACAGAGAGCGCAAGCUGGACCGGCUGCUGGGGGAGAUGCAGUCGCAGAUGGAGAGGGUGGUGCGGGAGAACAGGGACCUGGAGUGGAGGCUGCGGGCGGCGCUCAAGGAGCAGGCGGCCAUGGAGGAGAUCCUCGACGAGAUGGAGGAGGAGCAGGAGGACGCCUUCGCCAGGAUCGACGUGCUAGAGAGCCAGGUCAAGGCUCUGAAGAAGGAGAACAUGCGUCUCAAGGAGCACAAAGGCAAGUCCAUGUGGGACAAGGCGGCCACGGCGGCAGCUGUUGCUGGCCAGGCCGUCGUCACCGGCGGUGGAAAGGUCGAGAACGACAAACGCGCGCCUGACCUGUGGGAUGUGGCCGGGGAAGACGAAAAGGAGGUGGCCGUCGUCUUAUCCGGCACCUCCCCGCCGUCGAUCUUGGACUUGGAGGCGGUGGAACGGGAGGCCCGGCGGAUGGAGGUGGCCGCGCGGCGGCGGAGCCUAUUCAGCGUGGGCAUGUCGCUGGCGGUGGGCGGGAUCGCGUGGUCGGCGGACGCGCCGUGCGUUCCGCUCCUCGCGGGGCUCCUCAGCGUCGUCGGCAUGUCCAUGUGCAGCGUCGCGCGCCUCUUCCGAGCGCGCAGGCCGUUGGCGCCCGCCGCCUCCGGCUCCGGCGCCGUGGCGCUGCUGAGCCUCAACUGGUUCUUGCUCGGGGUGCUCACGUACCCGAUGCUCCCGGGCGUGGCGCGGGUUGUGGUGCCGCGCGCCGCGCGUCUCGCCGGCCCUGCCAUCGCCUGGUUCGCCGUCGCUGCACCCGUCUGA